CUGAUUAAAAAUAAAAAAAUAUUAAAUAACGAUGAUUGGAAACAAAUAGCACAAGAAACGAUAAAAGUUUUUCCAUCUGAAUGUAAAGAUACAUUUUAUGUUUCUCCAAUUAAGUUAAAAGAUUCAAAAAAGUCGAAAUCAGUAGUCGCAAAAGGUAAAUUAGUUGAUAAAUAUCGGAAUAUGCGAACAUUUAUAAGAAGAGCUGAUAAUCUUGAAAAAAAUACAGCAGUGCUGAAUAAGAUUGAAGUCGCUAAAAAUAAGAAUUUAAAAGUUUAUAAACACUGGGAAUUAUCCUAUAAUUUACGUGAAGCUGAUUAUGUAAACAAAAAUUUUCAAGACAUUACAGAAAUUUUGAAGCUCUGGCCCAUCCUAAAAGAGUCUUAUGGCUACCAGUUAAUUGAAGAAGAUUUUAACAGAAAAUAUUCUGCUGCCAAGGACAAAUUACUUGUAGGUUGGAAACAGUUUUAUAACAAGAUUUCUAAAGUUAGUGAUAAUAAAUCACUUCCUCAGCAGGCAGUAGAGAAUAAAAAAUUAUUAGAAAAUCCAGAUUUAUCUGAUGAAACUAAAAGUAUCAUUGAGUUUCACUAC